GCUUGAACAAAGCAAAGACCAUUCACACGUCUAUUAACUUCAUAAUUGAUUCUUUUCAUCGCUUUUGUUGACAUUCCUUUCUAUCCACUACCAACAUGUCCUCGAGCCAGCAAAGCAACCAGGGCAGAGGAGCAACAACCCCCAAACGAGCUAAUAGCUCUUCUAGGGAAGCAAUGGACUCAUCUCCACUGUUUUUUCCAACUUCCUCCCCCGGUUCUACUCAGCAUACAACUCCUAAAACCAAAACGCGUACAUCUCUCGCUUCCUCUCCUUUAUUAUUUGAAUCUAGUUCACCUGCUCCUCAGGCUCCUCAUAGCUCUCGUUCUAUCCCUCUUUCUCAGCAUAAUGAUUUAUUUUUAGCUGGGAGCUCACAGCGAACUCCUAAAUCUUCAAGGCGUGGUGAUAUUCAUUCUAGUAUACACUUGAAAACGCCUUCCAGAAGAGAAGUUGAUCCUCAGAAAAUUGGAGCUGCUACUCCUAGCAGUCUGCUGUUCUCGGGUUCAGAUGCUUUAACAUUCAGUCAAGCCCAACCUACCAGUGAAGCCAACGAUGAUACCAUUCGUGUCAUUUGGGGAACAAAUGUCUCAAUUCAAGAAAGUAUUGCUUCUUUUCAGGGGUUUCUGCGCGGGUUCAAGAAAAAGUACCGACCUGAAUACAGAAACGAUCCCAUGCCUCCUCCUGAUGCUGAACAAGCUGUUUAUAUAGAAGCUCUUAGAAAUAUGCGUAUUAUAGGUUUGGAUAUUCUCAAUUUGGACGUGCAGGAUUUGAGACAUUAUCCUCCUACGAAAAAGCUUUAUAAUCAGUUAUACUCUUAUCCUCAGGAAAUUAUUCCAAUUAUGGAUCAGACUAUUAAAGAUGUAAUGCUUGAUUUAUUAGGAACCAAUCCCCCUGAAGAUAUAUUAAAUGACAUUGAACUAAGGAUCUACAAAAUCCGACCGUUUAAUUUGGAACGAACCAUUAAUAUGCGCGAUUUAAAUCCUGGUGACAUCGAUAAAUUGAUAUCUGUUAAGGGUUUGGUAAUACGAUGCACCCCUGUAAUUCCUGACAUGAAACAAGCUUUUUUCCGAUGCUCGGUUUGCGGACACAGUGUCACAGUGGAAAUCGAUCGAGGUCGCAUUGCGGAGCCAGUGAAAUGUCCAAGAGAAAUCUGUGGUGUUACAAAUUCUAUGCAGUUGAUUCAUAACCGCUCAGAAUUUGCUGAUAAGCAGGUCAUCAAAUUACAAGAGACGCCUGAUGUUGUCCCAGAUGGUCAGACACCACAUUCUGUUAGCCUUUGCGUCUACGAUGAACUCGUAGAUUCUACUAAAGCCGGUGACCGUAUAGAAAUCACAGGUAUAUUUCGUUGUGUCCCCAUUCGAAUGAAUCCUCGUCAACGAACAAUAAAGUCUCUUUUUAAAACAUAUGUAGACGUCGUCCAUAUCAAAAAGCAAGAUCGGAGGCGCUUAGGUACUGAUCCUUCUACUUUGGAAAACGACUUAGCCGAAGACACAGCUGCACAAAUUGACGACGUCCGUAGAAUUACCGAUGAAGAAGUUGAGAAUAUUAAGAAGGUCUCUGAACGACCGGAUUUGUAUGACUUACUCUCUCGUUCACUGGCCCCAAGUAUUUAUGAAAUGGAAGAUGUAAAGAAAGGUAUAUUACUACAGCUCUUUGGAGGUACAAACAAAAGUUUUCAAAAGGGUGCCAGUCCUAGAUAUCGAGGUGAUAUCAAUAUUUUAAUGUGUGGUGACCCUUCAACUUCCAAAUCUCAAAUCCUUCAGUAUGUUCAUAAAAUUGCACCUCGGGGUGUCUAUACUAGCGGUAAAGGUUCUUCAGCUGUUGGUUUGACGGCUUAUAUUACUCGCGACCAAGAUACAAAACAACUAGUCUUAGAAAGCGGUGCCUUGGUGCUUUCUGAUGGCGGUAUAUGUUGCAUUGACGAGUUUGACAAAAUGUCAGAUUCAACACGUUCCAUUCUUCACGAGGUUAUGGAGCAACAGACGGUUACCGUCGCUAAAGCAGGUAUCAUUACCACUCUCAAUGCCAGAACGUCAAUUUUGGCAAGUGCGAAUCCAAUAGGAAGUAAAUAUAGUCCUGAACUUCCGGUCACAAAAAAUAUUGACUUACCUCCCACAUUGCUUUCAAGAUUCGAUUUGGUUUAUUUGAUUUUAGACCGAGUGGAUGAAUCUUUAGACAGAAAACUCGCUAAUCAUAUUGUCUCAAUGUAUAUGGAGGAUACUCCACAGAAUGCUACGGAAUUUGAAGUAUUAUCUAUCGAGUUUCUUACGAGUUAUAUUACCUAUGCUCGCAAUUGCGUACAUCCGAUUAUCACAGAAGAAGCAUCAAAAGAACUUGUUAACGCCUAUGUUGAUAUGAGGAAACUUGGAGAAGACGUACGUGCUUCAGAAAAACGUAUUACAGCUACCACUAGGCAACUGGAAUCCAUGAUCCGUUUAUCUGAAGCGCACGCCAAGAUGCAUCUUCGUGAAACGGUCGAGGUCGAAGAUGUUCGGGAAGCUACUCGUUUAAUUAAGACUGCUAUAAAAGACUAUGCUACCGAUCCUGCUACAGGAAAAAUUUCUCUUGACCUUAUAUACGUUAAUGAAAGAGAAACACUUGUUUCUGAAGAUAUGGUUCGAGAACUGAGUAGUUUGGUCUCUACACUAACUGCAGGAGGCAAAACGAUUAUGGUUAGUCAAUUAUUAACUCGAUUUCGCGAGCAAAGUACUACACAUGUUGAUGCUUCUGAGUUUGAAACCUCACUGGCAGCAUUAGAAAAGAGAGGUCAAUUGAAAGUGAUAACGAGCGCUGGACAUCGUCUAGUAAGACCGAUUGCUCAAAUUGAGUGAUCAAUUAAGCAUGACAUCCUUAAGCUGGUAUUAUGGAUGAACCCCUUUUAUAGAAUUUACUGAUAUAAUCACCGUACGAUGUGGAUUCUUAUUUAUAUUUAUUAAGAAUUUGUUACAACUGAAAAAAGAACAUUGGAAACUAGUAUGUAAUUAAUUAAAAUUUAUUUUGUAAAAGCAGCAUAGAACUAUAAGUUAAUUUAGAUAGGAUAGAAAAUCAUUAGGGA